GCGCCGGCUGCGCGGGAGAGCGGCCUCGCGGGCUGCGCGCUCCGAGCGAGAGGAGGUGUCCGCUCCAUGCGUGCGGGCCGAGCACGGCCCCUGCGAGCCGCCGACAUGAAGAAAGACGUGCGGAUCCUGCUGGUGGGAGAACCUAGAGUUGGGAAGACAUCGCUAAUUAUGUCUCUGGUCAGUGAAGAAUUCCCAGAAGAGGUUCCUCCCCGUGCAGAAGAGAUCACCAUUCCAGCUGAUGUUACCCCUGAGAGAGUUCCAACACACAUCGUAGAUUACUCAGAAGCAGAACAGAGUGAUGAGCAACUUCAUCAAGAAAUAUCACAGGCUAAUGUCAUCUGCAUAGUUUAUGCUGUUAACAACAAGCAUUCUAUUGAUAAGGUAACAAGUCGAUGGAUUCCUCUCAUCAAUGAAAGAACAGACAAAGAUAGCAGGCUGCCUUUGAUAUUGGUUGGAAAUAAAUCUGACCUAGUAGAAUAUAGUAGCAUGGAGACCAUCCUUCCAAUAAUGAACCAGUACACAGAAAUAGAAACCUGUGUGGAGUGUUCAGCAAAAAACUUGAAGAACAUAUCAGAACUUUUUUAUUAUGCACAGAAAGCUGUUCUUCAUCCUACGGGUCCCCUGUACUGCCCAGAGGAGAAGGAGAUGAAACCAGCUUGUAUAAAAGCCCUUACUCGAAUAUUUAAAAUAUCCGAUCAAGAUAAUGAUGGUACUCUGAAUGAUGCUGAACUCAACUUCUUUCAGAGAAUUUGUUUUAACACUCCAUUAGCUCCACAAGCUCUGGAAGAUGUCAAGAAUGUAGUCAGGAAGCAUAUAAGUGAUGGUGUGGCAGACAGUGGAUUGACACUCAAAGGUUUUCUUUUUUUACACACACUUUUUAUUCAGAGAGGGAGACAUGAAACUACCUGGACUGUGCUUCGACGAUUUGGUUAUGACGAUGAUCUGGAGUUGACACCUGAGUAUUUGUUCCCCCUGCUAAAAAUACCUCCUGAUUGCACUACUGAAUUAAAUCAUCAUGCAUAUUUGUUUCUCCAGAGCACCUUUGACAAGCAUGAUUUGGAUAGAGACUGCGCAUUGUCACCUGAUGAACUUAAAGACUUGUUUAAAGUGUUCCCUUACAUUCCUUGGGGGCCAGAUGUGAAUAACACAGUUUGUACGAAUGAGAGAGGCUGGAUAACCUACCAGGGAUUCCUCUCCCAGUGGACACUCACGACAUUUUUAGAUGUACAGCGGUGCCUGGAGUAUUUGGGCUAUCUGGGCUACUCAAUAUUGACUGAGCAAGAGGCUCAAUCUUCAGCCAUUACAAUAACAAGAGACAAAAAGAUAGACCUACAGAAGAAGCAGACGCAGAGGAAUGUCUUCAGAUGUAAUGUAAUUGGGGUGAAAAGCUGUGGGAAAAGUGGAGUCCUACAGUCUCUUCUUGGAAGAAACUUAAUGAGGCAGAAGAAAAUUCGAGAUGAUCAUAAAUCUUACUAUGCAAUUAAUACUGUCUAUGUAUAUGGACAAGAGAAGUAUUUGUUGUUGCAUGAUAUCUCGGAAUCGGAAUUUCUCACUGAAGCUGAGAUCAUUUGUGAUGUUGUGUGCCUGGUAUAUGACGUCAGUAAUCCCAAAUCCUUUGAAUACUGUGUCAGGAUUUUUAAGCAACACUUUAUGGACAGCAGAGUACCCUGCUUAAUCGUAGCUGCAAAGUCAGACCUGCAUGAAGUUAAGCAAGAAUGCAGCAUUUCACCCACUGACUUCUGCAGGAAACACAAAAUGCCUCCACCACAAGCCUUCACCUGCAACACUGCUGACGCACCCAGUAAAGACAUCUUUGUGAAGCUGACGACAAUGGCCAUGUACCCCCAUGCCCGGUUACGCUGUAUGUGCACCUGCAACAGGUGUACAUUUUGCAUCUGUCAGAACUUCCUCAACUCAGACUUGCUGCAAUCUGUAAAGAACAAAAUCUUCACCGCAGUUCUUAACAGGUUAAGAGCCCGGGUAGCUGAGUGGGGUGCCCUGCUGCUGGCAGACGACGGAGGCAGCAUAACGCACCAGGUGCACGCCGUCAGCUCUGUAGAAGAGUCCGUCUUCAUGGGGUCAUCUCAUGGGCCACUUUUUCUUGAAGCCAGGCACGUGACACAAGCUGACCUCAAGAGCUCCACAUUUUGGCUUCGAGCAAGUUUUGGUGCUACUGUUUUUGCGGUUUUGGGCUUUGCUAUGUACAAAGCAUUAUUGAAGCAGCGAUGAUUAAGAAAGGAAAAAAAAAUACUGGCCCUACCAAAAAAAGAAAUACUUUUAUGUACAUUCUGAAUGCUUUAAAUUCUGCUAGAUAUCCUGAGAUAUUUAUACAUGCAGUUACUUUAUUAAUAUUUGUAAUUCACGCAUAAGAGUAUUUUAAUGAUAGUUAUCACUGCAGUAUUGGCUAGCAUAUGGGAAGAAAACAGCUUAACAGCCAAACUACGAAGGCUAACCUUUAGAGGCCAAAAGGGGAUGUUUUGUAAAUAAUGUACAUAUUCAGGUCUCCCAGAUGGCGUGCUAGAACCAGGGUUUCUAGACACUUCUACAUGGUAUCAUUAGUACUCAGUCAGCUUACUCUCUUAGGCUCACGUCAGCCCAGAGAUGGUAUUUACUCAUGGAUCACUUAUUUAUUUCCAGUUUACUCAGAACAAUCCUUCUCUACGUACACGAGGCACAAUUUGCCCCUUCUCUCCGUUCUUAAAACCAGGCGAGUCAGUGUCAGCUUGCAACAGACUUUCUUCUAGUCCGAGGAGAAGGGUCGCUUGGUAGGCCGGCCUUGGAGCCACUGUGCGGCCUGAGCGCUGUCCAGCUGAGUGUGGCCCCCGUGAAGGAAGGGGUGAGGAGAGGCGGUGAGCAGAGGCAGCAUCUGUGUGAUCAUGUUACUUUGUCAGUGUGUUGGAUUUUAUAGCCCUUUCAAUCAAAUGAGAAGAGCAAUUUGUAUAUUAUAUUACCUGUGUUUUCCGUUUCAAUAAACAGUUACCAUUCCUACUGCUGGAUUACCUCCCAAUGUGUAAACCACUGGAUGCUGGCUGUGUCCACGCUAGUAGACUGCAGUAACUGCAUGUGUCCCGAAGUGUUCUCUAUCUGGCUAGGAUCCCCUGGCGGCAGCACUUUUUUUGAUGAUAAAAUAAGUCUAAUACGUACAAACUCUCAUGAUAAACCUAUUUUUUCCAUCACCAACCUUUUCAAGUAUUUAAAUAAAUAACUGCUGUGUACUGUGAA